AUGCUGGGGGCCCGCCUGGGGCUCUGGGUCUGCACCCUGGGCUGUGCGGUCCAAGCCUAUCCCAACACCUCACCGCUGUUGGGCUCCAGCUGGGGCGGCCUGAUCCACCUGUACACGGCCACAGCCAGGAACAGCUACCACCUGCAGAUCCACAGGGACGGCCACGUGGAUGGCUCACCCCAGCAGACCAUCUACAGUGCCCUGAUGAUCAGAUCAGAGGAUGCAGGCUUCGUGGUGAUAACAGGUGUGAUGAGCAGGAGGUAUCUCUGCAUGGACUUCAGAGGCAACAUUUUUGGAUCUCAUCACUUCAGCCCGGAGAGCUGCAGGUUCCGGCAGCGGACGCUGGAGAACGGCUACGACGUGUACCACUCCCCGGAGCACCGCUUCCUCGUCAGCCUGGGCCGGGCCAAGCGGGCCUUCCUGCCGGGCACCAACCCGCCCCCGUACGCGCAGUUCCUGUCGCGCAGGAACGAGAUCCCGCUGCCGCACUUCGCCACCGCGCGGCCCAGGCGCCACACGCGCAGUGCGCACGACGGCGGGGACCCGCUCAGCGUGCUCAAGCCACGCGCCCGCGCCACGCCCGCGCCCGCCUCCUGCUCCCACGAGCGGCCCAGCGCCGAGGACGGCGGCCCCGCAGCCAGCGACCCGCUCGGGGUGCUCCGCGGCCACCGACUGGACGCGCGCGCCGGGCUGGGGGCCGCCGAGCGCUGUCGGCCCUUCCCCAGCUUCGCUUAG